GUUAAAGCUUUAAGCUUUUUACUGAUGCAAAUAAGUUGGUUUGCUGCAGAAAUUUCAUUUGUAGUCCGUCCACUCUGAACGGCUGAAAUCACAAACCGUUCCUCCGCCUCCCCUCCCACUCGGUCCUCUCAGCUAAUUCUCAUGCAGCGCUGAUGCACAUGACAGUAAUUAAUGGGUUUAUUUAACCGUGGUUCUUACUUCUCACUGAGAAAAUGCUUCACAUCUUUUAUGAGCUGUGUAUUUUUCAGAGCGUUCCCCUGUGAUGCCUUGUGUAUCUGUGUGUGUUUGUUAAUGUGUGCAAGGAUUCUGAGAGUGUGUCUUAAUUCCAUCUCUGCUAACACCUCACUCCAUCCCUCGUCCCUAAUCCAGCCAGACUAUUAAAAGGUGCUGCACCUCCUCGGGGGGCUCCAGACAACAUCUUAUUUCCUCAGGAUACAGGCGUCCAUCUGUAUUUUUCCUCCUAAUUUCCACCUCCACUGCACCAAAAGACAUCCCAGCUGUGCUUUGCUCUGAGAGGCACAGGCUCUUUUGCCCAGGUCUCUGAGAGAAGAAAAGACAUCAUCAACAGACACAGCCAUGAAUGGCACAGAAGGACCCAACUUUUAUGUACCCAUGUCUAAUAAGACUGGGUUGGUGCGCAGCCCAUUUGAGCACCCUCAGUACUACCUAGCCGAGCCGUGGAAGUACUCUCUUCUGGCUGCAUACAUGCUGUUCCUCAUCAUCACUGCCUUCCCAAUUAACUUCCUCACCCUUCAUGUCACUGUCAAGCACAAAAAGCUGAGAACCCCGCUGAACUACGUCCUGCUCAACCUGGCGGUGGCCGACCUCUUGAUGAUAAUUGGAGGAUUCACGGUGACCCUGUACACGGCUCUGCACGGAUACUUCAUCCUCGGUGUCAGUGGCUGCAACAUUGAGGGAUUCUUUGCCACCUUAGGAGGGGAGAUUGGCCUCUGGUCUCUGGUAGUUUUGGCAGUUGAGCGCUAUGUCGUGGUCUGUAAGCCAAUGACAAACUUUCGCUUUGAGGAGAAACACGCCAUUGCUGGACUGGGGUUCUCCUGGGUCAUGGCUCUGACCUGUGCUGCUCCACCUCUGUUUGGAUGGUCGCGGUACAUCCCAGAGGGCAUGCAGUGUUCCUGUGGGAUUGACUACUACACGCCGAAGCCCGAGAUCAACAACACCUCAUUCGUCAUCUAUAUGUUCGUCCUCCACUUCUGCAUCCCCCUCUUCAUCAUUUUCUUCUGCUACAGUCGCCUGCUCUGCACUGUGCGAGCGGCUGCAGCUCAGCAGCAGGAGUCAGAGACCACCCAAAGAGCAGAGAAGGAGGUGACACGCAUGGUCAUAGUGAUGGUGAUCUCCUUCCUGGUGUGCUGGGUGCCCUACGCCACUGUGGCUUGGUACAUCUUUGCCAACCAGGGAAUUGAGUUUGGACCAGUAUUCAUGACAGCGCCAGCCUUUUUUGCCAAAAGUGCUGCUCUGUAUAAUCCAGUCAUCUACAUUCUGCUAAACAAACAGUUCAGAAACUGCAUGAUCACCACCGUGUGCUGUGGAAAGAACCCAUUUGGUGACGAUGAGGCAGCCGCCGCAGUCUCCAAAACCCAGACUUCAUCCGUCUCCUCCAGCCAGGUGGCCCCCGCUUGACCCCUCACUUCCUCUUCUAUCUGCUCCAUCUGUUGCUGCUCACCAUGGGACCUAUCACCACCGAGCAGCGAUACGUUCCAUUGGCCGGUUCCUCCGGACUCACCUCCUCACUCUUCCUCGCUGCAGUUGGCUCUUAGGCUGCAAGUUCAGCGGGACAGACUGGAUCAAAGGCCAGCAUGUGCACUUUAAGCUUGUUUAAUUAUGAAAAGCGUUCAGCGGCCCUGGCUGAUUUUUAACCCGGCAUUAUAGGGUUGCCAUCUCGACUGAACACAUUCCAAGCUCCCCUGCUGCCCCCCCAACAAUGGCCACAAAUGGUAAUUUUUUCAUUAGCCAUUUACAAGUUUCUGACUUAAUCUUAGCUGCAUGUUUCACCAUUUUUUCAGUCAGAAAUGUUAAAGUGGUUGGUUUCCUACAUACACUCCUCAUUUUCUUCCAAUUAUUUUUUUAACUGGGCCGUGGUCUUGGCCAAUAGCUUAGCUCUUUAGUUGUCCUUUACAUUUCAAAGCCAGUUUGAUGUGUGUUUGGCUUCAUAUGAUUUGAUGCAAUGCAACAGCAGACACUCAGCAUGACGCUAACACCACCAUGCUUACCCAUAACUAAAAUGUUUCAGGUUGAAGAGCAUCACUCCAAAUAUUUUUCCUGUUACUUACGUCAAAAAAAUCAAUCUCAAAUCUGUAAACAAAUUCUACGUCUACACAUCUCAGUCAAGCUUAGAGAUGUUGCCUUUUUCUGCAUCCAUGUUAACAGACAUUUUUUCUUUCUUGCUUGCUUUUCUUUCCUUUCUUUUCUUAUCUAAAUUUAAGUCUGAAUGUUCUUUUUCUUUACUGUGUCUGGAUGAGAAAAAUAAAAUCCAGAAUAAAUGCUGAGCUCUCCACUCUUAAGACUCAUUGCCUUAUCACCCUGAACAAACAUUGCAUCCAUGCCAAUAAUGUGUGCACAUGAAUUUCUGACUGCCUCAGUAUAUAUCCCCAAAGUACGCACUAUAAAUAACCAGUUUUGAAGUCUUUAGAUUUAUUUAGAUAUUCGUUUGUUUAAUGUUUUUUUUAGUACAUCAGAUUAUUCUCUCCUCUGGUGUAUAUGAUGAUAAAUCUGGGAGAGUUGACUCGUUCUUUGUCUCAGCCAUCCGUGGAAGUGAAUGAUAGAGUCUGUGUGUAUGUGUGUGUGUUUUGCAGAUGUUUAUGUAUCUGAAUGAAUGCCAAAAUGUUAAGAGUAC